GCAAUACUAGUUCUGCACUUGGAAUGGAAGAUGGUACAAUUCCUGACCAACAGCUUACAGCCUCAACCACUUAUGAUGGCAGGUACCUUCCAGCCUAUGGGAGACUUAACUUUAAGGCAAACUAUUCGUAUAACGGUGGAUCAUGGGCAUCCAAGACUCUUGAUGUCAAUCAGUGGUUUCAAGUCGAUCUUGGCAGCCUUGCUAAGAUCAUCUUGCUGGCUCUUCUUGCAGCCUCUGCCCUAGCAGGAUUUGAAGAAAAUCGAGGUAUCGAAGAUCCUGACCUGUUUGAAGGAGACAUCAAACUAACUGAAGGACAAAGAACAGAACUGGASACGAGAGGAGAAAGAGCAUCCAUCAAUACCAGACUAUGGCCUAACGCACAGAUUCCCUACGAUGUUGAAGCCUCUAUUGCCAACGAACCCUAUGCUAUGGCCAUGGUUAACAAAGCCAUUGCUGAGUACCACCAGAAAACGUGUAUUCGCUUUAAAAAGAGAACAACUGAGAGAGAUUAUGUCUCUGUGUACAAAGGAGGCGGGUGUUGGUCUUUACUUGGAAAAACUGGAGGCAAACAGAAGAUCUCUCUAGGUGGUCUAUGCUGGAGCAAAGGAAUAGCAGUACACGAAUUUGGUCAUGCUCUUGGUUUCCACCAUGAACAGUCUCGUCCAGAUCGAGACAACUACAUAGAAAUCAAAUUUGAAAACGUCCUCGAUGGAAAAAGUUCUAACUUCAAGAAGCAGUCUUUAGGCAUAGACUCACUGGGUACCCCAUACGAUUAUGAUAGCGUGAUGCAUUAUGGGUCAAGAGCUUUUUCUAAGAAUGGGCUGCCAACAAUUGUACCCAAGAAACAAGGGGUGACCAUUGGACAAAGACGUGGUUUAAGUGCAAUUGACACCAUCCAGCUGAAUAGAAUGUACAAAUGUGAAGGUGGUGUUAAACCGACGCCACCACCAAUGCCAUCAGCAUUCAAAUGCGAUUUUGAACGUGACUGUGGAUUUACUCAACGAAAAGACGAUAAAUUUGAUUGGACAAGACGACAGUAUGGUACAUCGUCAAUACACACUGGACCAAGUGGAGACCACUCUACAGGAAAAGGUUUUUACAUGUACAUCGAGRCUUCUUCYCCCCRAGUGAAAGGUGAUAAUGCUAUCAUCGAGAAGACGGUCACCAUCGGCAGMAACCAGUGUUUGACAUUCUAUUACCACAUGUAUGGUAACCACAUUGGUACUCUUAACGUCUUUGUCGGAACUUCUAAAGUGUUCACUCAAAGCGGAUCCCAAGGAAACAUGUGGAUCAAAGGCAAUGUUCGAUUGUCACAAACAGGAACACAAACAGUUAGUACUAGCUGAUUUUUAGUUAUUUUUGUUUAAAGGGCUCUUCUUAUCUUUCAGAUUAUAGGGUUUCAGAGGGUUUAAAGAAUCCCAGUCAACCACAAUGCAUUGCGUGCCUAUAGUAUUGUCUACAUCGUUCGCCUACGUCGUUCUCGAGCUCUUCCAACCUCUCUUGUCAUGUAGCAAAAGUUCUACAAAUUUGAUAUCCGAAAGCCUUAAAAUUUUCCUUCCUUUUAUUCUACAGCAAGUAGGUAGAAUUUUUCAGGGAUAUUCUCUUUGAGACAUUAUGACUUUUUGGUCGUCCACCUGAUAGUCAUCACAACUUUCAAAAUCCACCUUAGAUUUGUUGCCAAUUUUUUUAAUAUAUCAUGGAAAGCAUAAAGUGGCUAUGCAUCAUUAUGUUAUGAUACUCGUAAAACAUUUAUCAAGAAUAACAAGACCGAUGGAACUGGAUUCCCAAACGUUACCUACAAAACCGCCAUUUUUUUAAGACCGAGAUAAUGGCGCAUUGCAUAGUAUUUCAUUUUUUCCCGGCCCGUAGUCCAUUGUGAUUGACUAGGAUUCUUUAAAACAUAGCAAAUAA